CCAGAAACCACAAGAGAGAGAGUGCGCGCAAGCCCCGAAGAGAGCGACAUGUCCCUGUGGGGAGCAGUCCCCCUGCACCCCAGAGCAAGGAGGACGCAGGGGUCGGAGGUGGCUGCAGGGCAGGCAGAGGAGGCAGCUGUGGAGGGUGGGGGGCUGGGGGCCCAGGAACAGUCAGGAAGGAAGGCCAGCUGGUGACAAGAGAGCCCAGAGGAGCCUGGGGCUGUGUGUGAGAGCCCGGAAGAUUUCAGCCAUGCCUCACAGCUCCGACAGCAGCGACUCCAGCUUCAGCCGCUCUCCCCCUCCUGGCAAACAGGACUCAUCCGAUGAUGUGAGAAAAGUUCAGAGAAGAGAGAAAAAUCGCAUUGCAGCCCAGAAGAGCCGACAGAGGCAGACACAGAAAGCCGACACCCUGCACUUGGAGAGCGAAGACCUGGAGAAACAGAACGCGGCUCUGCGCAAGGAGAUCAAGCAGCUCACGGAGGAGAUGAAGUACUUCACGUCGGUGCUGAACAGCCACGAGCCGCUGUGCUCGGUGCUGGCCGCCAGCACGCCGUCGCCCCCCGAGGUUGUGUACAGCGCCCACGCCUUCCACCAGCCUCACGUCAGCUCCCCACGCUUCCAGCCCUGAGCUUCCGAUGAGGGGAGAGCACAGCCCCCCACCCCAGGCGCCCCACAGGCCUCAGGCGGGGCACACAGACUGUGGCCAGGUGGCCCCCAUCCUUCAGAGCCCUCUGUCCACCCGGAGACCUGGAGACAGAGGCCUGGACGAGGAAUGAACACGAGGACUGUCGCAGCUGGGGGGACGUGGGGCCUCCCAGCAGAGUGGCCGCCGGUGCGUGCGCUGGACCCCCAUGUGGGUGGGGGGCCCGAUCCGGAGGAGCAGCGAGCAGAAUCGCCCACGUCCCACGCAGAGAGAGGAGGGCAGGGAAGGGUUAUUUUUCUAAAUAAAUGUUUUAACAGAAA